AUGUCAACCACAGAGAUCAAAAAGCCCGCAGCCAUCCUCGCAAUCAUCAUCUGGCUAGCCGCCCCAACCAUCUACCUAAGCGUAGAAUGGUACGUCUCGCGAAUGUUCUCGCCACACUACAGCUACCUCCACAGAUUCACAAGCGACCUCGCCAUCCCCUACGCCUACUACGACCCGAAAACAGGCCACUUGACCAACUCGUGGCGGGCACCCAUGAUGAACCUCAACUUCGCCGUUCACGGAUUUCUCUUCUUAGCUGGUCAGAUAUCUCUCCUACGAGCGACUGGCGAGAGGAAACUCUCCACGGCUCGCCUGGUCAUCGCAGUGGUUUACUGCAUCGGCAUACUUCUCGUGGCGGCUGUACCGGGCGGACCUAGGGAGCAUGAGAAUGGGAGGAUGAUGUGGCAUGGUCUUGGGGCAGUCUGCGCAAUAUUUGGCGGUAAUAUCAAUUCCCUUCUCGCGGGGUUCGCAACACCGGUCGACUCGAAGCCUGUCUACAAAACGGUGUGUCUGUCACUUGGGGCUAUCGGGUUCUGUGGGCCUGCCUUGGUCUUCGCUUUUGGAUACCGAGACUUGAUCGGUGUCUGGCAACGCUUGUCUAUCUAUCCGACUCAAAUGUGGGAAUACUCUACGGCGGUCUCGUUGGUCUUUGAGCUGCUUCGAACGGAGGAGGCCCAAGUAAAAAGGGACUGA